CCAGAUGUGGAGGGUAAAAGUCCAAUUUUAUGGAGAAAUAGAUGAGUUGUAAUCUGUCUCUCCAUCAAGUCGGACAUUUACACAACGGAGUCGCCCGUCAAAUUGUAUUAAAUAUUAAAUAAUAACAUACAACAUAACAACAGGCCUCCGAACACCAUAUCAGCCAUUGUGUAUAUAAUAUGUCGGCACAUGCUUUGGGAUGGGGAACAAAAUACCACGUGUUCUGCCAGCCUAUUGACUAUUCCAACACAGAAACAGCCACACAGAUGGCAAGAACGGUGUGGCUGUACUUCAUACUUAAAGUUGUUGAUCUUCUGGAUACGGUAUUUUUCGUUCUUCGGAAGAAAAACAACCAGAUAUCUUUCCUGCACGUAUAUCAUCACGGCAUGAUGGUGAUCCUUACGUGGGCUACGACUAAGUUCUUGCCAGGUGGCCAUGGGACCUUCUUGGGAUAUACGAACUCCAUCGUCCACGCUGUUAUGUACGCCUAUUAUUUCAUCACUUCCAUGUGGCCGGAGUAUAAGGGCAGCUUUUGGUGGAAGAAGUACAUUACUCAGCUACAGAUGAUUCAAUUCGUGCUGAUUGGUCUACAUGCGUCAACAGCUUUAGUGAUUGAAAACUGUGAAUAUCCAACAUUUAUGGCCUUAACAAUGAUCAUACAAAGCAUAAUUAUGUUCAAGCUGUUUUACGAUUUCUAUCAAAGAGCUUAUGUGAAAAAGAUCAAAUAGGGCAUAAGUAUUCACUUCAAUUAAAGCACAUUUUGCAUUUUUUUUUCACCUCUGAAGGAAUAUAUUACAGCUGCAUAUCAUUUUGCAAGCACAAACUUAUAACAUGUACUUCUCACAUUUGUAAGUACA